UAUAAAAAAUUAUAAAUUUGACAAAAAAAGCUUUUAAUUUAUUGCUUUUAUUAUUAAAUAGUUAAUUUGUGAUUUAUCACAAUUUUAUUCAUAAUACGACUGAAUCAUUGCUACCAAUUGUUGAUGUUUUAGAACACUGUAAUACAACAAAAAUGGCCUUUUCCUUAACUCAAACGUGGAUGGAGGAGGAAACUCAGAAUAUGAGGGUAGUGUGGUCAGAAAUUAUUAAUGAUGUGACAAAACAUGUCAGGAAUUUAAACGUUCCUGAUAUUGAUAAGUGGUUGGAAAAGGUAUUACAAUAUAAUGUCUCAGAAAAAAAUCUUCAUGGCUUAAUAGUAAUUUAUGCCUACAAGUCGAUAUCACCUAAUGAACAACAGACAGAAAAUAACAUUCACUUAGCAAGGAUUUUAGCAUGGUGUAUGGAAAUGGCGAUAGCCUAUAUAGUUACGCUCGACGACAUUGUGGAUCAGUCAUUAUUUCGCCGAGGCCAACCAUGUUGGUAUAGACGCAAUGAUACAGGUUUAAUGGCAAUCAAUGAUGGGUCAUUAGUACAAAGCACUGUGUAUUAUUUAAUUGAGAAACACUUUGAAGGAAAAGAAUGUUAUAAUAAUUUAGUGAAAACAUUUCAACAGGCUAUAUUUAAGACACAAAUAGGCCAGUUUUUGGAUUUGACCUCGACAUUCAAGAAAUGUAAUCUGGACCAAUUUACAAUGGAACGAUUUAAUGCCAUUGCUAAAUGCAAAACAGAGCAUGGGAUAUAUUUCUUACCAACGCUUUUAGCAAUGCAUUUUGUAAGUUUACUUUAGUUUUUUUCUUUAAAAAGAACUGUUAUUUUGAGAUGAUGAGAAAUUGUGCUGUAGGCUGAAAUAAAAAAUCCAGAGAUGU